UUUUAUGCGCAGCAGCUGAGGAUGGAGCCUAGGGCUUCAUGGGUGCUAGGCAAGCACUCUACCAACUCAGCCACGUCCCCAGCGCCCCCCACCUCCCCGCUUCUUCUUUCCUAUCUGCAUAAGUGCACUUCUUUCUGGAGCCUGGUUGUGAUGUGGGGGAGGGUGAUAGAGCUUCGGUCUGACCCCAAGGCUCUAUGAUCUAGAACCUCUGGAGAAUCCCACUGUGUCCUGUUAUGUGGGUGUACAGUAUUUUCUCUGCAGACACAGUACAGGGGAACAGGGGAAGGGGGAGGAUCUGGCUGCUUCCGGUUGAUGCCUGCCCACCUGCGUUUAUAUUUGUUUUUUCCUAGGACUCCUGCUUUAUUAUAUUAGUGUGUGUGUGUGUGUGUGUGUGUGUGUGUGUGUGUGUGUGUGUGUGUUUUGGGGUAUAUGCAUGCGAGUGCAGUUGUCCACAGAAACCAUCAGAUUCCCUGGAACUGAAGAACUGAAGUACAGGCAGUCGGGAGCUACUCAACAUGGUUGCUGGGAACUGAACUCUGGUUCAUUGCAAGAGCAGACAUGUCCAACGAUGAUGCUGCUGCCCCCACGGCUGAAGAGGCAUCGGGUGACACCCACCUGCUGGGCUUCUCAGAUGAGAUCCUCCUGCAUAUCUUGAGCCAUGUCCCCAGCACAGACCUGGUUCUCAAUGUGCGGCACACCUGCCGGAAGCUCUCAGCCCUGUGCCUGGACAAGAGCCUGGUGCACACCGUGCUGCUUCAGAAGGAUUACCAGGCCAGUGAGGACAAGGUGAAGCAGCUGGUGAAGGAGAUUGGCCGGGAGAUCCAGCAGCUGAACAUGGCAGGCUGCUAUUGGCUGUCCGGCUCUACCAUCGAGCAUGUGGCCCGCUGUCAUAGCCUGGUAAAGGUGAACCUGUCAGGCUGCCACCUCACCUCCUUGCGUCUGUCCAAGGUGCUGUCAGCUCUGCAGCACCUGCGCUCACUGGCCAUCGACGUGAGUCCCGGCUUCGACGCCAGCCAGCUGAGCAGUGAGUGCAAGGCCACGCUGAGCCGCGUACAGGAGCUCAAGCAGACGCUGUUCACACCAUCCUAUGGUGUGGUGCCCUGCUGUGCCAGCCUGCAGAAGCUGCUGCUCUACUUCGAGAUCCUGGACCGCACACGCGAGGGUGCCGUCCUCUCCGGCCAACUCAUGGUGGGCCAAAGCAACGUGCCCCAUUACCAGAACCUGCGCGUCUUCUAUGCACGCCUGGCCCCUGGCUACAUCAACCAGGAGGUGGUGCGACUCUACCUCGCCGUGCUCAGUGACCGUACGCCCGAGAACCUGCAUGCCUUCCUCAUCUCUGUCCCUGGCAGCUUCGCGGAGAGUGGGGCCACCAAGAACCUGCUGGACUCCAUGGCCCGCAACGUGGCCCUGGAUGCCCUGCAGCUGCCCAAGUCGUGGCUGAAUGGCCCCACCCUCCUCCAGCAUAUGAAAUUCAACAACCCCUUCUACUUCAGCUUCAGCCGGUGUACGCUGUCGGGUGGCCACCUGAUCCAGCGGCUCAUCAAUGGCGGGAAGGACCUGCGCAGCCUGGCCAGCCUCAACCUCAGCGGCUGUGUGCACUGCCUGUCUGCGGACUCGCUGCUCCGUAAGGCAGAGGACGACAUUGACAGCAGCAUCCUGGAGACGCUGGUGGAGUCCUGCUGUAACCUGCACCACCUCAACCUCUCAGCCGCCCACCACCACAGCUCUGACGGCCUGGGCCGCCACCUCUGCCAGCUCCUGGCCCGGCUCUGCCACCUGCGCUCCCUUUCCCUGCCCGUCUGCUCUGUGGCUGACUCAGCACCUAGACCAGAUCGUGCGCCUGCCCCACCGGCCAUGCAUGCAGUGCCCCGGGGCUUUGGCAAGAAGGUGCGCAUUGGGGUGCAGACCUGUCCCAACCCCUUCCUGGGCCAGUCGGCCCCCCAGCCUGCCUCUGUGUUCUGGUGUCUGCUGAAGAAGCUCCCUUAUCUGGAGCACCUGGAACUUAUCGGGUCCAAUUUCUCCUCAGCCAUGCCCCGGAAUGAGCCCGCCAUCCGCAACUCCCUCCCACCCUGCAGUCGGGCGCAGAAUGUCGGGGACUCAGAAGUGGCUGCCAUUGGCCAGCUGACCUUCCUGCGGCACCUGACACUAGCCCAACUGCCAGGCAUGCUGACAGGCUCCGGACUAGUGAGCAUUGGCCUACAGUGUCAGCAGCUGCAGUCUCUGUCGUUGGCCAACCUGGGCAUGAUGGGGAAGGUGGUGUACAUGCCUGCUCUUGCUGACAUGCUGAAGCACUGCAAGCGGCUGAAGGACCUGAGGCUGGAGCAGCCCUAUUUCAAUGCCAACGCACAAUUCUUCCAGGCACUGAGCCAGUGUUCAACUCUGCAGCGCCUGUGCCUGGUGUCUCGAAGUGGAACCCUGCAGCCGGAUGCUGUGCUGGACUUCAUGGGCCGUUGCCUGCAUGUUGUUGUGUGUCACAUGUUCACUGGAGAAUCCCUCAUCACCUGCAAGAACCUACAGCAGGCACUCCUCCGGAGUUUCCAGGCUGAGAGGCCCGCCUUGAAUGUCGUCAUCUUCCCCCUGCUCCACGAAGGCCUGACAGAUGUCAUCCGAGAUGUCCCCAUGGUGCACCUGGACGAGAUCACCUUAUUUAAAAGCAGAGUGGCUGAGGAGCCACCGAACCUGUGGUGGUGAGAGGGCUGCCUGGCCCCCAGCCCCUCCACUCCUGCCAGCAGGCAGUGGGCCCCUGUUCUGAGACAUUCACCCUCGUCUCCCCGGUCUCCUCUCAGUCUCUCUUAGGAGUACUGGGGCUCAGUGACAAGUGAUGGGGUGGGCCAUGGUUGUGACAGCAGUGGAGGAGUCAUACUGGCCUUCAGAGCCUGGCCAGACUCCCAGGGCUUUGUGGGCUGCAGGCCUCAGGCCACCUACUUACUUCAGCCUGGGAACUGUCCCUCUGCCCCUUUGCCCAUGGUCAUCUACAGUUGAGCUGUAUCCACAAGGGGUCAGGGUGGGCCGGGCUGUCACUGUGAAAUACCCACAAUGACACCUGUGAGCCUGUGGCUGGUUUUCCUACUGAGACAGAUUUAGGACGGGGUCCAAUGACAGAGCACUCACCUAGGUGUGUGAGGCCGUGGGUCCCAUCCCCACUACAAAGAAAAAGAAAAUGUUUUAACUCAAUGGUGUCUCUGGGAUGCUUUCAGCCCAAUGAUACCCUGCCAGAGGGUUCCCUGGGGCAGCAACUGUAGGAUGGCACCAUCCCCAAGCUGAGCCUGAGGACUCGGGCCUGAAUCUCACAAGUGGUCACUUCUCCCCCAUAGUCCAUGGGCUCCUGCUUGAAAAGUCUAGGUGCUGUGGAAGUCUGAACGCUUCCCAGGGAGUCCACACCGCUGGCCUUGUUAGGAUAACCAAAAACAGUAAAAACCAGAGUGGGCAUAGGGUGCUGCAGCAGAGAUCACAAACCUGUUUAGUCCUUACAAAGAUUCACUGAGAGCUGUGGGUGUGGCUUUAGGUUUCCAUGGAAACAGGAAGGGCCCGUUUCCAUUCCCAGCACUGUGUACUCCUUCCUGGUGGCUCACACCUGUAAUCCCAGCAUUCAGGAGGUCAAGGCAGGAGCUUGCAGCAUAAUUGAGGAAGAGGCUGGCCUGGGCUACAUAAGACCCCGUUUUAAUCUCAAUAAAUCAAAAAAAAAAAGUAAAGAAAGCUGAGGGAGGACCCGGUGUCUGUAGCCUUACCUUGUCCCCCACACUAGUUACAGAGUCAGUACCCCAGAGGGGACUGGUGAGGGCCCUGUGGUUGGACUCCUGCCUGCGCCUCUCAGUGGUGGAUGGGUCCCCAGAGCGCUGUGGUCAUUGCUCCAAGUCUGGACAUCUCCGUCCAUGCAGGCCCACCAGACCUUGCUCACUGCUGGUGACCUUCGCAGACCCAGCCUGCCUACAUUCUCUGUCUCCUUGGCAACAAGUCCUCCUAAGCCGUGGUUUCUUCAGCUUCCCUUCGUGGUAAGGAGCAGAAGGAACUGGCCUCUGGGUGUGUGCCCUGUUGUCUAUGGCAGGCUAUGCCUGGCUGCUGGAGCCUGGGGGGCCUGAGGGCUUCUGACCUGGCUCUGGGGACAGUGUUAGGGGAACAGCCCUCAAAAUCCCAGGCCCCAAGAGAUGUACCUCUGCCUGGCCCCCUCUGUUGUAGUCCCAGUGUUUACACGUGGUCUGCAGUGCCCAGCCCUUUCUUCUCAUCCAUUCUCUAUAGAGCCCAAGGUGAUCCCUCUCGGAGGGAUCCUCUGUCUGUAGGCUGAUCCCAGGGGAUACCCACCCCACCCCCAGAGCCCUCACCUUCACAGACCUAACACAGUUUCUGAGAGCUACGAGCCUGUCCUAUCUUAUCUGGGCAUUGCAGGCCAUGGGACCAGCUGCCAAGAUUCCAGGGGGCAGACUGAGGCCCCACGCAGCUGUAGCCAGGGGUCCCAAAGGUGUUGGACCUCCUUCCCCAGUUUCUUAGCCAUGUCUUUAGAGCACUAAACUGACACCUGAAGGCCACCAUGUAGGCUCUCCAGGACCAGCUGCUGCUUGUCCUUCAAAUGAGAAUGUAGCUGGUCACAGCCUAUGAGGGAGGCAGGUUGCUUGGAGGUGUCAGGUCCCAAGAGUCCUUGUGACUUCUUCCUUUGAAGGAAACCCCACUCAGCUGGGUGUGGUGGCGCAGGGUUUAACCCCAGCACUUGGGAGGCAGAGGCAAGUGAAUCUCUGUGAGUUCGAGGCCAACACAGUCUACAUAGAAACCAUGUCUCAAAAAACGGCAGCCCUGUUCAGACAGGAAAUCACCUUUCUGCUGGGAUUUUAUUCCGGAGACCAGAGCUGUCCUGUCAGUCCUGUGAAUAAACAGUUCUUAGAGCCAGCAGUUUUAGCUAGUGGUGUCAUUGAUUCCCAGAAACUGGGCUGACAGGGAGGCCUGGUCAGAGGAGGCUGGGGCGCACACUGACUGAAGAAGCACCCCCAAGCAGCAGGCCUUGUAUUCUUGUCUUGACUUCAAGUGAGAAUUUUCUCUCCUUCUCCACUGGGGACAGGAUCCACCAGAUGUCAAUAGCGUGCUUAUUUUUGCUAAGUGCUAUUUUGGCACUGGUGUUAAUCUCAAUUUAUAGCCUGCAGCAUUUGAUGCUGGGAGAAGAACCCACCCUAAUGGGCCCCGAUUGGCAGGACUUGGCUGUUAAGUGGCAGACCAUAUGCUGCCUGCCGAGGAGAUGGUGAGUGCUUGUGCCUGCGAGUGGGUAUGUAUGUGCCUGGUGUGUGUGCGAGACUACAUGUGUGUUUGCAUGUACAUUUGUGUGCACAUAUACCUACGUAUGCCUGUGUGCAUGCACACAAGCUUGCAUCUUCUGGUGUGUGUUGUCUGUGUUAGAGUGAGAUAGUGGAGAGGAGGGAGAUGGAUGAAUCUCCUUUUAAACAGAACCCUUGAUCUCCCUGGCUGCCGGUACCCCUGCCUCAGCCCAGCCCUGGCUGCUCUUGGCUCCACCUCCUGCUCCAGGCCUCGUGGUGUUUGUUGUUUUGUUUAUUUUGGUUUUUCAAGGCAGGGUUUCUCUGUGUGGCUCUGGCUGUCCUGGAACUCACUCUGUAGACCAGGCUGGCCUCGAACUCACAGAGAUCCACCUGCCUCUGCCUCCCAAGUGCUAAGAUUAAAGCUGUGUGCCACCACAGCCUAGGCAGCCCUUGUGUUUAAUGUCCUGUCUUUGCUGCACAUACCAGCAAGCCGUUCUGGUCUUGCCAAGUGGCUCUCCUCAUUUUCUCUCUUAUUAAAACCCUCACGCAUGUGUGUAUGUGUGUGCAGGUCUGUGUGUGCCAGGGCCCAUAUGGAGAGUGCAGAGGACAAUUGUGGGCGUCUUGUCACCUUCCACCUUGUUUGAGGCAGGGUCUCUUGUUCGUGGUUGUAUACACUAGGCUAGCUGACCCAUAAACUUCCAAGGAGUAUUUUGUCUCCAUCUCCCAUCUCUGGGAUGACAAAUGUACACUACCAUAUCGGGCUUUGUGUGGGUUCUGGGGAUCUGAACUCAGGCCCUAACACAAGUAUUCUACACACUGAGCCAUCUCCCCAACCCGUUUUCCUGAUUUUCAUAAGAAUUUUAUCAGCCAGAGUGAGGAGUGCUUUGCUUUUAUGACAGGUACAGGCUCCGUCUUGCCAUUGACCUUUGGAGGCCCCGUAACAAGGCUAUGAGGUCCAGAUCUGGUCUGGACCCAGGUUAUGGGCAGUGGAGGGCUGGACCCAGACACUGAGCCUGUGGAUGCCUCUCACAUUUGGGCAUCCAGGGCAGAUUCAGUGUCCAUCUACCAUAUCAGACCCAGUGCUUAGCAAGAUGAUGGGGCUUGGGCUGGUGUAGGCCCAGAGGGAUCUGUGGGAAAGAUGGGCCCAAGCAGUGGAGCUGUAAGUACCAAGUCCUAGCCAAGGCAGAACCCUCAAGGAGGGUGGACAGCCACCCUAACAACCCUUCUGGGAGGUGUCAGCAUGCCACCUCUUCCUCCAGCCUUUGCUGUGACCUGCCCCUUUGAAGAGCUGGAAAUUGCUGAACUCAUUCUUAUAAGGAAAAAUAAAAGAAACCAAGUUUGAUGGGGCUUAUCUGUCAUCCCAACCUGCAGGAGGUGGAAGCAGGAGAUCAGGAGUUCGCGGCCAGCUUUGGCUAUAUAAUGAAUUUGAAGCUAGCCCUGGCUGUCUGAGACUCUAUGCCAAUAGAGAUGAGAGACUGAGACAGGGAAAAAGACAUGAAAUUCUGAAUGGGGUAUGAAGCGUGACUGCAGGUAAUGGGCCCUAUAUGCUGACCUCGUCUGAUGUGCGACCAGUUCGUUGGUACUUACAGUUACUAGGGGCAUCCUCUGCACUGUUGUAGGGUUUUUUUUUUGUUUUUUUUUUUUUGGUUUUGGUUUUGGUUUUGGUUUUUCGAGACAGGGUUUCUCUGUGGCUUUGGAGGCUGUCCUGGAACUCGCUUGGUAGUCCAGGGUGGUCUCGAACUCACAGAGAUCCGCCUGCCUCUGCCUCCCGAGUGCUGGGAUUAAAGGCGUGCACCACCAAUGCCCGGCUUGUUGUAGGGGUUUUGUGACUGGUCUCAUCUGCAUUUGGGGCUGCAGGGUACAAUAGAAGUUCCUAGGCUCUAUGUUAAUACUGCACGGGAGUCUAGACCAGCUGCGGGUCCUGUGUUAGCUGUUCAACCUUCAUCUCGUUGGAGGACCACCCAUGUGUGGGCUUUUCUUUGAGUCAUUGGACUAGGAACUUGGCUGCACCUGUCCCACCCCGACCUCUGUGCUGACGAGCUGUUCACGGGUCUCUGUGCAAGGAAUGUAUGUACGAACAAGGGUUUCCAUAGCAGGCGUGUGCAUGCAUCUGUAGGUGUGUCUGUGUGAGUCUAGGUAACAGCGUGAAGCCUCUCCUAUGUCACUUCUGACCGUGACACAUUGUGCGUGACUUUACCUGGCACCAUAUGAGUUGAGUGUUUUGGGGCAUGGGGUUUGGCCUUGUGACCAGGUGCUAAGUGCCCCCCCCCAUGACUGAGCGCCCUGACUCCUGUCUGUCUGGGAGAACUGCCUGUAGUUAGUAUCUGGUAGUGACACCCUCCCUGAUAUCACUGUGGUGCUGACAAACUACAUUCUGAAUGGGCGUUUUUAUGUAAAUCUGUGGCAUGUGGAAAAUAAAAUAAAAUGAACUUGAUUUGGAAAAA